CCCUUUCCAAGUUGCUUGCACAACAUGAAGCUAGUAACACUAUUUAUUUGGAUAUCAACCUUGGCAAUUUACAAAGUGAUCUAUUUAAAGAAUGUGGAGCAAUGGUUCCAUUUGUUACAAGCAUUGGUCGUGACGCUCAACUCUCCGUUCAUCAGGAAACGAUCCAAAUCAAUGAUUAUCCUGGGCACAGUGUCGCAAUUCCUGUUCACCUUCAGUUUGACUGGGCUCACCGAGUGCUCAAUCUUAAUAAUAGCCUUAGCAGAUUUUGCAGAACUGAUGAUGUUCACAGUGAUCCAAAUUCGUUCCAAGCCCUCCUCGUUCCUUACGGCCUUGAUACUAGUCAUUGUCCUUGGCAUUGGGUGUGGAAACCUCUUGAAAAUCUCUUCUAAUUGGUGGAAUUGGAGAAUUGGCGUCUUAAUUCUAGCUUCGAGCUUCAGGACAUUUGCUUUGUCGGACAUGGAACCAUGUGGAACACUGGCACAGGAUUUGUGGAGUUGCUUGGUUUUGGUUCCAUUAAUAGUCUUAUUCUAUGUGGAUGUUUGGAACUCGUUAUUGGGGUUCGUAACAGCGUCGCUAGUCUUGAGCCUUGAAUCCAACUUGGCCCUUCGUGUAUUCAGUGAGGUGCAAACACAUUGGCAAACGGCCUUCAAUUUCUCGUUGGUGAAAGUGAUGCGAUCGCAGAUAUUGCUGUGGAUACUAAGCGAUAUUCAAUAUCUUGGUACAGUCCCCAUUCUAGGAUCAUUAGGGUCAUCAAUUUAUUUCGGAUUGAUGUCCUUCUUUCUAUUAGUCAUCUUCAUCCCAUUUGAAGGUUCUGGGGAUGGUUCGUACCUGAACUAUCUUCAACUGCCCUUGCUCCUUAUGAGAUCUUUCAUCAUCAAGGGUCACACUGGCGGUUCCCGCGAGAUCAGCAUGUUCCACUUCAAAUGCACCUCGAAGUUUCGAAAGUCUUUGGUGAAGAUCCCAGACCCCAAGCUUUUGCUCCACAAGCCACAAGCCAUGCCACAAUGUGAAUUCCUCACACUAAACCUGACCCAUUAUCCCAAGAUUGCCGACCUUCGUUCAGGAUACUUGAGUAAAAAUCAAGAUGUAAUUGAUGAGGCACAGAGAGUUCACGCAAACGUCUUGGGAGACCUCUUGGAGCGUUUCUCUUACGCCAUCUUAUUUGACCUGGCUGAUUAUGAGAACAAAGGAGAUCCCGCCAUUGCCAUGGGAGAACUGCAAUUCCUUAAGAGGCUGGGAAUUCAAUUGUUAUAUUAUUGCAAGACUUCAGCCUGUUCCGACAAAAACGUCGAGAACGCAUUUCUAAAGUUCAAAGACGUUUCCUCAGCAGAAAUGGUUGUUCUUCUUCAGGGUGGCGGAAAUAUGUUCUCGUAUGAAAGUUUAGACAAGAUCAGAGAAAGUGUAAUUACCCGAUUCCAGGACCACACAAUUGUCAUAUUCCCUCAAAGUAUUUGGCUACGUUAUGCCGACUACAAAUUGGACUACUACCGGCAAAUGUACAACUCUCAUCCAGACCUGACGCUUUUGGUUCGCGAUCAAGAGUCUUAUGCCAUUGGAGAACAAAUGCUCCCCUCGGCAAAAGUAAUUUUAUGUCCGGACAUGGCAUUCCAAAUCGGACUUGUUGCAUUCUUUGCCCCAGCUAGCUUUGAUAUCCUGUGGCUCAAGCGGGAAGACUCCGAAACUACGGGUUACGUGAUUCCAAGACCUCCUCCAUAUCUGUCAUUGCACGUGGAAGAUUGGACCAAUUGGAUCACUCCUAAGACCGACACUAUGGAACAUAUAUUCCACUUGACGCUAAACGGCCUUUUGUUUCUUCAAAGAGGCAAAGUUGUGAUCACAGAUCGCCUUCAUGGACACAUCUUAUCUACUCUAUUAGGGAUUCCUCACGUUAUUUUGGACAACAACUACGGCAAAGUCUUCAAUUACCACAACAGUUGGACCAAGGGCCUUGAGACAGUCCGUACUGCCCGAACCGCCGAGCAGGCUCUGGCCAAAGCAGAGGAGUUAUUGUCGAGUUAUGGGGGCGCCUGCCAAAAAAACUCAAUGACUUUUUGCGACUAUAAUGAAAAUUUAUCUCAAAUUUGCAAGUGACUGGAUAAGUACUUAAUGCCAUUUACAACAGAAUAAACAAGAAGGGUAGAGCCAAGAGAGCAGCAAUAUUAAUG